AUGGCGGCACCGCAGAGGCCGACAUCGGCGACUACGGCUUCGGUGUGCGUCCCGGAUACGGCGCGGGGCACGCACGUGUUCACGGUCGCCGGCUAUAGGCUGCACAAGGGCCUCGGCGUCGGCAACUUCAUCAGAUCUGCCACCUUCGCCGUCGGCGGCUACGACUGGUGCAUCCGCUACUACCCCGACGGAGACGCAAACAAGGACUACAUUUCGAUUUGCGUCGAGCUCCAGAGCAAGGAAUCCGUGCAAUCGUCCUUUCCAGCGUUCGACUCCCGCCACUCAUGUGUGAAGAACUCCCAUGUCAAGGGGCAAUCCAUUUUCAUGCAGAGGGACCUCCUGGAGGCAUCCCCGUACCUGAAAGAUGACUGCAUCGUCAUCGAGAGCGAUGUCACUGUUCUCCUCAAGAAAAUACCGGCCGUGGCGACUGCCACCACCAAGACGCCUGAGAUCGAGGUGCCGCCGUCUGACCUGUCAAAUAAUCUCGCAAAGCUGCUUGAGGGGAAGAAAGGGGCAGACUUGAUGAUCAAUGUCAGUGGGGAGACCUUCCACGCACACAAGAUCGUGCUCGCGAUGCGGUCUCCGGUCUUCGAAGCAGAGCUCUACGGGCCAAUGGCAAUGUGCGGCACCGAGAAGCAGUGCAUUGAGAUUGUGGACAUGCAGCCCGCCGUCUUCGGAGCAUUUCUUCACUUCAUAUACACAGAUUCAUUGCCUGCCAUGGAUGACCUCCUUGACAGACAUGACAAGAGGGAGGUGAUCAGGCAUCUGCUUGUGGCUGCAGACAGGUAUGCCAUGGACAGGCUCAAGCUGAUGUGUGAGGCCAUCCUCUGCAAGGGUCUAGAUGCUGAGAGUGUGGUGGCCACGUUAGCUCUAGCUGAUCAGCAUCGUUGCAGCAAGCUGAGAGACGCUUGCAUUGAGUACAUCAAGCUCUUUUGUUAG